AUGGUCGGUAAAGGAGAAGGUCCGGCGAUCGGAAUCGAUUUUGGAACCAAGUACUCUUGCGGAAUGGAAAUGGCCGAAAUGGAAAUGGAAAUGGAGGAACGCUCCUUUGUUGUCUCUUCAGACCCUCACCAGACGACAUCGCGGCGUCUUGCGGAUUGGAAGGUGGAGAGGUUUGAGAAGAACAUUUUGAAGAGAGGGGCUGUGGCUGAGACUGCUACUAAGAAGGGAAAAGAUUACCCUGUUGGCCCUAUUCUUCUUGGAUUCUUCGUUUUUGUCGUCAUUGGAUCAUCUCUGUUUCAGAUAAUCAGGACGGCAACAGGUGGAGGAAUGGGAUGAGAGCCAUCUUCAAUUCUGAUGAGAGGGGUAGCAGGCAGGACAUGAGGUUAAAACUAAUUGAGUUAAUUUGUUUGUACUAUCUGUUCUCUGCCUAUUUGUCCUAUCCUCUAGGAGAAGUUUAGAAAGUAAAGAGUAAGUAAGACCAUUUAUGGUCAUCCUGUGAAUUACUCUUAUUAAAAAAAAAAGUAAUUUAAAUAACAGUGCACAUGCCUAAGUGCUAUGCUAUAUGCUA